AGAACGACACAUCAGCAGGAAGCCGUUUGGUUCGGUUUAUUACAAACCAUACACCCAAAACGACGAAAUGGAGUCUGUGCAGCAUUUUCGGAUUUUAUACAGAGAAAAAGAAGUUAAUAAGACGAAGAGGAAAGAAAAUCAAAAACUAGAAUUAAGAAUUUGGAUGCUUUUAUUACAUAAAUAUGUAGCCUACCAAUUCGAUUUUGACGCAUUAUCUUAAAAGCACUGGAUACAUUAAUCGGAUAUAUGGAGUUAUGGAUUAAAAAGCAAUUGUAGCAAACGUUAAGUAAACUGCGACUGCGAGGCUGCAGCAGAAACUGGAUUUAGGCGACCACGCCAUGAAAGGUUGAGUAACUGUUAGUGUUGCCAAGUCCGCGAUUUUUUCCUGCCGCGGGUUUAUACGACCCAAAUAACAUGAUAUUUAGCACCUAAAAAGUAAUUUUACAAAAGGUAAGCCUUUCGAAAUACAAUUCAGCUAGUUCUGAGUACCAGUUGGGCGUCUUUCGUUUGGACAACCAGGCGCAGGGGGGGACAAAAACGGAAUAAAAACCCAGCUCACUAGAAACAAAACAGGCCAUACAACACAUUACAGACGCUUAUUUAAUUGUAUUUCACUUCAAUAACAUUCGAAGCUUUGAGAGGAUAGUAACUCUCGCGAUACUUUGAAUGUAUUUAUUCGUUUUGAAUAUUUGCUUCACUCAGUUAACGCUUCACACUCUUGUCCAGUUGGUGGCGCGCACGUUUUAGUUUUUUUUUUUCCUCAACCGCCUAAAACUCCGAAAGUCUAGUCACAUCAUCGAACAGGAACAGGAACAGGAACAUGAGGUCUUCAGCACACUGUACAUACAAGGUUAUGGAGGAACUCUGGAGAAGGGCAGCUAUCAUGGGACGGCAGCGAAGAGGCAGUGAGGACAGAAGAAAAGCAAAGAAGAGAAAACACUCCAGUAGCAAGAACAGACCUGAAAAAGGUCUGAGGACUGUUAACAUCCUCUGGUGCCUGCUGUUUUUCCUGCCGUCUGUCCUGCCUGGUGCUGAUUCUUUACCUGUGGUGGGAGAGAUAGGAGGCAGUAUCACUCUGAAGUGUAAUUACACCAACACACAGGACCCCAUCCUGACAUUUGGGACCAAAACUGCUUAUGGUGGCCUACAGAAUGAACACUUCAGGGACCGUGUGCACAAGACUGACACCUGUGACCUCAUUCUGAAAGACUUGAAGACCACCGAUGCUGGAAAAUACCUUUUAACUCUUUAUGUUGAGGGUGAACCACUAUGCAGCUACAGUUAUGAACUCCGUGUUGAUGUUCCUUUAACAGCACUGAUAGGUGAAGAGGUGAUGUUUGAUGAUCUGCCGGGUGAUGCUGAGAGCGUGGAGCAUUUAUCAAACACCAGCUCGACAGAAGUCUGGAGGAGAGGGAUGGGUGUCCUGACUGAUCGACUGAUGGACAAGGAUGGUCACCUGAUCAUUAGGAGCUACACUUUAAGAGACGCUGGAACAUACAGAGUCCUGAACUCAACAGGAGGAGUCCUGGUCACUGUGACGCUCACCGAAUCACAGAGCAACCAGCACCGUACACAUUCUGACAUACCUGAUGGCGCUGAACGAGUUAAUGCUAGUAUUGGCGUUGUGUUUCUGGUAGCUCUGAUGUGGUUCUUCUGGUCUAACAGUCAGGACUGCUGAAAGGAUCAUUGGUGCUCCUCUGCCUAUUUGUACCACACUAUUACUGUAAUUCAUUGACUGGCUUUUUGAAGCUGUUUGCAGAAGGGACUUUAAAGCAGGAAAAACAUGUUUACAGCCUAGAGUAAAAAAAGAGUUUGGUCUAUAUAGUUAAUUUUAUGCUUCAUGACAACUUUAAGGGGGGUGAAUUUUUUUAUAACUCAUCAGUUUAAAUUAUAUUGAGUCUUGAAGUUUGGCCACUUGAGUGACAGGUGGAUUCCCGCUGCUGUCACUGCCAUGGUGCUAGGUGGGCGUGGCUUCAGCAACCAGCUCCCGCCUAUUGCUCAUUUUCGACUGUCUGGGAGAGUCAUGAGUCGCUGCCAAGAUGUCGACGGCUAGCUCUGCACACUUUAAGCUUUAAAAAUGCUCUUCAGGAGUCUACGGGUUACGUCAUGGACACUACGUGCAAUACCUCUGGAUUGAGAUAUAUUUAUUUUAUAUUUUCACCUCUGGAUGGACAGCAUAUUUAUUUUCUGUUUUCACCAGUGGAUAGACAGUAUUCUUUGCAGGCUUAAUUGCACACGUCUUUUCCGUAUUGUCAUUUUACCUUUAUGACUUAAAAUAUAUAAUAUAAAAGCUGUGUGCAAAUUGAAAUAUUAUCUUUAUCAUAUCUCUUUACAUAAAACAAUUCUCAAUAAUACACUUAAUAUUAUAACAUCAAUAAUUCAUGCAAACUGCAUUCACAAGAACCACCUUGAAAAUAUAUAUUGUUCAGAUCAUAUCACUAUUUUUUGUGACUUAAAUUCAGCCUAGAUCAAUGACUAUAACGUUUUGUCAAUACAACAGACUUGUAUAUGUUAAUGGACCACAGUUUUUUUGCCUUGCCCAUUUGGAUAUUCAAUCCUUUUUUUUUUUUUUUGUAAAUGUAACCACUUCUGUUUUUAAAAUAUACGUAGAUUCACAUGAUCAGACAAUUUACCAAACAAUCCAGAUCAAAUUAAGACUUCAUGGUUUUGCAAUAUUUAUUGGAAAUUAAUCUAAUUAGUAAAACUUGUCAAAUCUGACCAUCAGAACGAAGAUGCCACAGUCAGGCCCUAUUUCAAGAGAAAAUAAAACAUGAACAGUUCCAAAUAGACUAUUGCACACUGUGCACACCACACCUCAUUCCUGCCCCCUAAAACUGGCAGUCUGGGCAAUGCUCAGGAAAUUCAGGGUCUGUAUAAAACCCUCGCAGGUCUCCACAUCUUCCGUUUACACAGUACCCCACCCAGUCUUUGAAAAAACAUCUGCAAUUUCUGCAUUGUACAAUUUUAAAAGGGACACACAUGUCUCUUACAGCCUGGGGCAGUUUUUUGACAUUCACCACACCUAAAGCAAGAACAGAUGUACAAUAUGAUUAGAAUGAGCAUGUUUAUAUUUAACUAUAUUAGAGUACAAGUCUUGUAUGGUAGCAACCCAAUGUUAGCUCUAGAAUUGAGGCACACCAGAGUUCACUAAUACCUUUAAAACACACGACACAAUACCUUGAAAACAAGACGAUUUUUUUUAACUAGCUAGUUUGUACAUUUGAAUUCUGACAUGACCUAUAAAUCAUCGACAGUUUAUUAUUUUUUCUUACCGCUGACAUCUGCAUGGCGCGUCAAAAUUGAAAAGUGAAUGACGAUACGGAAAUGAUGUCUGCUGUCCAUCCACUGGUGUCUAGCAAGAAGUGAGUCUGCGGGGCCCUCAUCAGUUUGGAAACCUGUUGCUAGCUGUGAACAUUGUGCUGUGUGUCUCUCUUUGAAUGUAUUUGACAUG